UUAAUAAUCCAGAGCAACAAAGAACACAAAGAAGAGAACAUAUAAUAGCAGAGAGAGGAAGCGCGAAAGAGGAACGAAGGCACUGUUACUAAUUACCCUAUUCAACCAACACAAAAAAUUUCUCACGAUAAUUUCAUUUUUUCUCGAUCUCGUUUCUUCUCGCGCUUCAAGAUUCAUCAUCACCAGCUACGCUUUUAUCUCCGAUCUAUCUUCUUCUUCUUCUUUUUCAUUUUCUCGGGUUUUUGAUUUGUGCGAGGAUUAAGAAAAGGUGAAGCAUCUGAAGCAUGAGCAUCAAUAGCCCCGGCGAAGGAGAUAGCUAGGGUUUUCUAAUCUCGAAGGCGAGAUUUCCAUGGGCGAUGGAGGUGUCGCAUGCAUGCCUUUGCAGUAUACUAUGGAGAGGUUAUCGAGUUCAGAGAAAACGCAUUGCGGAGGCAAGAGUGGGAAUGUCUUUAACUCAAAGUUGCUCAAGUUUUCUGAUAGCGAUAGGAAGAACAUGAAGUCGAGGAAGAGUGAAUUAGGGUUGGAUAGAGUGAGCAAGAGAAGCAGCAACAGUGAUUUUGAGAAUGGUGAAAUGAUAUGUGGUGAAAAAGUGCAGAGGGAAGAAGUGGAAGAAGGUGAAUUGGUUACUUUGAAGUGGCCUAGAAGUGAAAUUGAAAACGGAGAAUUCGUGCCGGAGAUGAAUCCACCGGUGAGGCGAAGUGAGAUUGAGAACGGGGAGAUUGUUGUGAGUGAGAGAUGGAAAGCAAGGGAGUUCGAGAAGGGAGAGAAUCAUUCUGGUAAAUGGAGAAGAGAUGACGUGGAAAGGAGAGGAGACAAAUUUGACAAUGAAUAUGGAUCGUGGAGAGGUGCGAAGGAUGAUAUUGAGAAGGGAGAAUUCAUUCCAGAUAAUAGAUGGUAUAAGGGAGAAAUGGGGAAGGAUGAUUAUGGUAACAGUCGAAACAGACGAUAUUAUUCAGGUAGGGACAAAGGUUGGAAAAUUGAACCUGAACAACGUACACCCCCUUCUUGGAAAUAUGCAGGUGAUGAUUCUUUUAGAAAGAAAGAAUUCAUGAAUAGAAGUGGGAAUCAGCAUGUUAAAAGCUCUCCAAGGUGGGAGAAUCCACAGCAGAGGAAUGUAAGGAUCAGUUCAAAGAUUGUUGAUGACGAGAAAAAUUCAUAUAACAAUGUUAAGGAUCAUGCACGUGAUUACACUUCUGGUAGUCGUUUGAAGAGGCCAGGUAAUGAUUCUGACAGCUAUGAGCGGAAGCAUUCUGCAGAUUUUACCAGUUUAAAAAGUCGAAGGCUUUCUGAUGAUAGCUAUCGUUGUGUUCAUUCAGAGAACUAUUCUCGUCGCCCUGUGGAGCAGUCUUAUAGAAAUAAUAACUCUACCAGGUUAUCUGCAGAAAAGUACUCAUCUAGAAAUCAUGAACCUUCUUUGUCUACCAGACCAGCUUAUGACAGGCAUGGACGCAGCCCCGUUCAUUCUGAGCGGUCCCCACGUGACCGAAGCAGGUAUUAUGAUCAUCGAGAUCGGACUCCAGUGCGACGUUCCCCGUGUGGUCGUGAAAGAUCUCCAUAUAGCCGGGAGAAAUCCCCCCAUGGUAGGGAGAGGUCUCCAUAUAUGAGGAACUGGGACAGAAGUCGUCAGCAUGAUCAUAAGUUGAGAAGUCCGGCACGCACUGAGCAGUCGCCACAAGAUCAAGGUAUGCGUCACGAUCGUAGGGAUUGUACUCCAAAUUUAGUAGAAGGAUCCCCCCUUGAUCAUACAAGGAAAGAUGUUCAUCAAGAAAUAAGUUGUAAAAACUUACCAAGUGAAAAACAUAACUCCCCAAAUAGUUGUAAGAAUGAUGAAAAUAAGCACAUUCAAAGGGAGUCAAAUUGUUUGGUUACAGAAUCUCAAGAUGAAAGAAACAUACAAGAUGUCAACGAGUCUACUGAAAAAGACAUUGGUAGUCAACCCGUUGAGGAACAGCAGUCCUGUAGCCCAACUGUUAGCCACAAAGAAUCUCCUCACUGUGAGCCACCUCCUGAGGAGCUGCCUUCAAUGGAAGAAGAUAUGGACAUUUGUGACACCCCUCCGCAUGUCCCUGUGGUGACAGAUUUGACAUCAAGGAAAUGGUUUUACCUCGAUUAUGGAGGUGUAGAAAAUGGGCCUGCUAAAUUGUGUGAUAUCAGGGUCCUUGUUGAUGAAGGGGUACUAAUGUCAGAUCACUUUAUUAAACACUUGGAUAGUGACAGGUGGUUAACAGUUGAAAAUGCAGUGUCGCCAUUGGCUGCUCAGAGUUUUCCAUCCAUUGUGUCAGAUACAAUAACUCAGUUUGUUAAUCCUCCAGAAGCUUCAGGUAAUCUUUUGGCCGAUACUGCAGGCAUUCAAUUUGGUCCUGAGAAUUAUCCAGAGAUACUGCCACGUGUAUACCCUAACGACGAUGUGCUUACACCUGAACUUGUGGACAACUUCCACAUUGAUGAAAGAGUCUUAAAUCUGUUGGAAGGUUAUGAUGUCAUUCCUGGGAUGGAACUUGAGGCAAUAAAAGAAGCGUUGCAAAUGAAAUUUGAAAAUCCGAAAGGGGAGGGGUUAGGAGACUAUGAAGGUUUUCCAUGGAAUGUUUCCUGUCCUAAGGAAGAUUGUGAUUCUAGUACUGAUAUAGCAUCAAGAGAUUCUGAAUCUCAAUUAAUUAUGUCUUCUGACAAGGAUAACGGAUUUGGCUUUGGCAUGCCUAAUGACUGGUUUUUUUCCACUCGCUGGUCAUGCAAAGGUGGUGACUGGAAGAGGAAUGAUGAUGCCCAAGAUAGAUCUUCUAGGAAAAAAUUUGUUCUAAAUAAUGGUUUUCCAUUAUGUCAAAUGCCAAAGUCUGGUUGUGAAGAUCCUCGGUGGCCUGAAAAAGAUGACUUGUACUUUCCUUCUCAAAACAGGAGACUUGAUCUCCCUUUGUGGGCUUUUGGUGCUGAUGAGUGGGUUGAUUGCAAUGCUGCAAGCAGAUCAGUUCAAAGUAAGCUUCCUUCUGUGAGAGGAGUGAAAGGCAAUGUUCUUUCUGUGGUCAGGAUAAAUGCAUGUGUAGUCAAUGACCAGGGAUUGUUGUUCACCGAGUCACGCCACAAGACCCGAUGCAAGGAUAAACAAAAUCCAAGGUCGACUCGGCCAUUCACUUCAACCAGCGAUAGUAAUAGAUUAUCAACUGAAGAAGAUUCCCAGUCAAAAUUUGUUAGUGAUCAAGGUUCUUACCGAAGCAUGGAACUCAUUAGUGUCCCUAAAGACCACCUCUGUACUAUCCAGGAGUUGCAGUUACCUUUGGGUGACUGGUAUUACCUUGAUGGUUCAGGGCGUGAAAGAGGUCCUUCAUCAUUUUCAGAGCUACAGUAUUUAGUAGAUCAAGGAAUUAUAAAAAGGCAUAGCAGUGUGUUUAGGAAAAGUGAUAAACUCUGGGUUCCUAUUACCACCGCCGCAGAAACUUCAGAUGUCGGUCUCAAGGGCCACCAAAAAAGCAGUUUAACAUUGGGUGCAUGCUCUGAUCAUCCAUCAAAGCAAAUUCAAGGUGUUUCAUAUGGUGAAUCUUGCACAAAUUCAAGUUUGUUUAACAGCACACACCCUCAGUUUGUUGGUUUUACUCGUGGAAAGCUACAUGAACUGGUUAUGAAAUCAUACAAGAGCCGGGAGUUUGCUGCGGCUAUAAAUGAGGUUUUAGAUCCCUGGAUCAAUGCAAGACAACCAAAGAAAGAUAUUGAGAAACAAAUAUAUUGGAAAUCAGAAGGCGAUGCACGUGCUGCUAAAAGAGUCCGGCUGCUGGUUGAUGAUAGUGAAGAAGACAGUGAUUUGGAAGAUGAUGUUACAAUCGAGAAGGAUGAACCCACUUUUGAGGAUCUAUGCGGGGAUGUUAUUUUUCCUGAAGUUGGUAUUGCUGAUUCUGACAUGGGAUGCUGGGGAUUAUUGGAUGGUCCUAUUUUGGCACGCAUCUUCCAUUUUAUGAGAUCUGAUUUGAAGUCUCUUGUACUUGCAUCGAUGACGUGCAAGCACUGGAGAUCUGCUGUAAGGAUUUACAAGGGAGUUUCAAUACAGGUCAAUUUGUCAUCCUUAGGUCAUUCUUGCACUGAUACUGUGUUGUGGAAUAUUAUGAAUGCUUAUGAUAAAAACAAAAUCAAUUCUAUAAUUCUAAUGGGCUGUAACAAUAUUACGGCUGGUAUGCUUGAGCAAAUUCUUCUUUCAUUUCCUGGUAUAUGUACUAUAGACAUUAGAGGAUGCAGCCAGUUUGGAGAGCUAACACCUAAAUUUACCAAUGUGAAAUGGAUCAAGAGCCGGAAUUCACGCCUGGCUAGAAUUACAGAGGAGCCUCAUAAAAUUAGAAGCCUUAAACAUAUUACAGAGCAAGCUUCAUCUGCUUCCAAAUCCAGUAAUUUAGGAAUAGAUGAUUUUGGUCAGUUGAAAGAUUAUUUUGAUAGUGUAGAUAAGAGAGACUCAGCAAAGCAAUUAUUCCGUCAAAACUUAUACAAGCGCUCCAAACUAUAUGAUGCUAGAAGGUCAUCUUCCAUUUUAUCUAGGGAUGCUCGUACAAGACGCUGGGCAAUUAAGAAAUCUGAAAGUGGUUAUAAGAGGAUGGAGGAAUUCCUUGCUUCAAGACUAAAGGAUAUCAUGAAGACAAACUCCUGCGACUUCUUUGUACCCAAGGUUGCAGAAAUUGAGGCUAAAAUGAGAAGUGGUUAUUACAGUAGCCGUGGAUUGAGCACUGUCAAAGAGGACAUAAGUAGAAUGUGCCGUGAUGCAAUAAAAGCGAAAAAUCGGGGUGAUGCUAAUGACAUGAAUCACAUUAUCACAUUGUUUAUUCAAUUGGCAACUCGGUUGGAAGUGAGCUCUAAAAAUGUGCAUGACAAAGAUGUGCUACUGAACAAUGACUCGUCAGCAGUGUCCUGCUCUACCUCAAAGUAUAAGAAAAAUAGAUUAGUGAAUGGAAGGAAGUACAGGAGUAAUGGAAGCCAUGGUGUUUUGGACAAUGCAGAGUAUACCUCUGAUAGAGAAAUUAGGAGGCGCUUAUCAAAGUUGAAUAAGAAAUCCAUGGGCUCAGAGAGUGAAACAUCUGAUGAUCUUGAUAGGUCUUUUGACGAUGGAAAGAGUAACAGUGAUACUACGACCACCGAGUCUGAAAGCGACCAUGAAGUACGUUCACAAACUAUGGUUAGAGAGCCAAGAGGGGACAGAUACUUAUCACCUGAGGAAGAAUUGGAUUUCACAACUGAUGACCGAGAGUGGGGUGCUCGCAUGACAAAAGCAAGCCUGGUUCCUCCCGUUACAAGGAAGUAUGAAGUCAUUGAUCAUUAUUGCAUUGUAGCUGAUGAGGAGGAGGUGCGAAGGAAGAUGCAGGUUUCAUUACCAGAUGACUAUGCCGAGAAGCUGACUGCGCAAAAGAAUGGCACUGAGGAGUCAGAUAUGGAACUUCCUGAAGUCAAAAGUUUCAAACCUAGAAAGCAGCUUGGACAUGAGGUUAUUGAGCAAGAAGUUUAUGGAAUUGAUCCGUAUACGCACAACCUUUUGCUUGAUUCUAUGCCAGAGGAGUUAGAUUGGUCUCUGCAGGAGAAGCAUUUGUUUAUAGAAGACAUGCUCCUUCGAACAUUAAAUAUGCAUGUUAGGAGCUCUACUGGAACUGGAAAUACUCCGAUGAGCUACCCUUUGCAGCCUGUUAUUGAAAAUAUUAAAAGACGCGCUGACGAAGAUUGUGAUGCCAGAAUGAUUAGAAUGUGCCAAGGUAUCCUAAAGGCCAUAGACAAUCGACCAGAUGAUAAAUAUGUAGCUUAUAGAAAGGGACUUGGUGUUGUUUGCAACAAGGAAGAAGGGUUUUCCCAAGAUGAUUUUGUUGUGGAGUUUCUGGGAGAGGUUUAUCCUGUGUGGAAGUGGUUUGAGAAACAAGAUGGGAUUCGAGCUCUGCAGAAAGAUAGUAAAGAUCCAGCACCAGAAUUCUAUAACAUUUACCUUGAGAGGCCAAAGGGUGAUGCUGAUGGGUAUGACUUAGUUGUCGUUGAUGCCAUGCACAAGGCUAAUUAUGCCAGUCGAAUAUGUCAUUCUUGUCGACCUAAUUGUGAAGCCAAAGUUACUGCUGUUGAUGGUCAGUAUCAAAUUGGUAUCUAUAGUGUUCGUAAAAUUCAACAUGGUGAGGAGAUCACUUUUGACUAUAAUUCUGUUACCGAGAGCAAGGAGGAGUAUGAAGCAUCAGUUUGUCUGUGUGGAAGCCAAGUAUGCCGUGGAAGCUAUCUGAAUUUGACUGGUGAAGGGGCUUUUCAAAAGGUUCUAAAGGACUCGCAUGGAAUUCUUGACCGGCAUUAUUUGAUGCUAGAAGCUUGUGAAUCAAACUCGGUUUCUGAAGAAGACUAUAAUGACCUCGGAAGAGCUGGUUUAGGCAUAUGUUUGCUUGGGGGCCUGCCAGAUUGGCUUGUUGCCUAUGCAGCUCGCCUUGUGAGAUUCAUCAAUUUUGAAAGAACUAAACUUCCUGAGGAAAUUCUAAAGCACAAUCUUGAAGAAAAAAGAAAAUAUUUUUCAGAUGUAUGCCUUGAAGUUGAAAGGAGUGAUGCUGAGGUUCAGGCGGAGGGGGUGUACAACCAAAGGCUUCAGAAUCUUGCUGUCACUCUCGAUAAGGUAAGGUAUGUUAUGAGAUGUAUUUUUGGCGAUCCACGGAAAGCGCCACCUCCUCUUCAGAAGCUCAGUCCUGAUGCAAUCGUUUCGUCCCUCUGGAAAGGAGAGGGCUCGUUUGUUGAGGAGCUUCUUCAUUGCAUUGCUCCUCACGUGGAAGAAGACAUCUUGAAUGAUCUCAAAUCCAAAAUUCAGGCUCAUGAUCCUUCAAGUUCGGCAGAUAUUCAAAAAGAGCUUCGGAAGUCUCUAUUAUGGUUGAGGGAUGAGAUCCGAAGUCUUUCUUGUACAUAUAAAUGUCGGCAUGAUGCUGCUGCUGACUUACUCCAUAUUUAUGCUUAUACCAAGUACUUUUUUAGAAUACAGGAAUAUCAAACCGUUACUUCACCACCUGUCUAUAUUAGUCCGCUUGACUUAGGUCCCAAGUAUACUAACAAGUUGGGAGCAGAGAUUCCGGAAUAUCGGAAGGUAUAUAGUGAAAAUUAUUGUUUGGGGCAGCUGAUUUUUUGGCAUAAUCAGAGCAAUGCAGAUCCAGAUCAUAACCUGGUUAGAGCAAGCAGGGGAUGUUUGUCUUUACCAGACAUCAGUUCUUUUUAUGCCAAGGCUCAGAAGCCAUCACACAAUCGUGUUUAUGGUCCAAGAACUGUCAGAUCAAUGCUGGCAAGAAUGGAGAAGCAGCCGCAGAGAUCUUGGCCCAAAGACCAGAUAUGGUUGUUUAGAAGUUUUCCGAAAUUCUUUGGUAGCCCAAUGUUAGAUGCUGUAAUAAAUAACUCUCCACUGGACAAGGAGAUGGUUCAUUGGUUGAAGCACAGACCUGAGGCCAUAUGGGACCGUUAAGUUCUUGUAUUUUAUGAAGAAGUAGACAGAUUACCCGGUGAAACACCUAUUAUGCGAUAUGGGAACGGUUCAUCUUUCAGAGCUGCCUGCCUCUUUUAGAGUGGGAUUCUGUAAUUAUUAAUCGAAGGUGUUUUUCAUUGUGCCUCUUUGCGGCCAUUCUUGUGUACAGUUUUCUUGACCAUUGAUUUCUAAUUCAUUUGAUUGUAGGGCAUUGCUUUACUCAUGUGUAAUAUUUUUUUAUAUAAAAAUCAUGAAGGCGUGCAAAAGCAUAAUUGUAGGGGCAUUGUUUUCUGUGUAAUAUGAAAUGAAAGUUAGGAAGGAAAAAGAAAGGUUCGUUCAAUGCGUUUGUGUUCUCAACUAGUCUGUUAAAUUUUCCUGAUGAAUGGUCCCAGAAAGAUUACUUCAAUAAUUCUGGAUUUGGGA